CUGUUAAAAAAAAAAGGUGAGCUUAGCCAAACACAGGUACUGUAAGAGAUAAUAACAAUUUCCUUUCAUUGUACGUUGAAAUAUUCAAAUUAAUCUGGGUUACACCCAGAGGAACAAUGGGCUGCACAAAAACUCAAGACUAUCAAUUUUUUUGUUCUGAGUUGUAUAUAAGGAGAUGUCUUCCUUUGCUUCAACAGGCUUCCACCGUCUCUCUGAAGAAGGGUGAAGUUGCUUUUCUGUACUGCAUUCAAUCUCCAUCUCUUCAACACAUCAGUGGAAAAAUGAGGAACCUGAUCUUUGUUGUCAUGAUUCUUCAGCUGACAGUCACCAUUAUAGGGAUCAAUGGUGAACUCAAGUUUGGAGAUAUAAUUGCCUUCCCACGUAAAUUCUGUGGAAAAACCUUCAAGCACUAUGCUAUUUAUGUGGGUGAAAAUUUUGAUAAGAAAGACCCUAAGCACAACAUAUUUCAUCGUAACGGUCCAGUAAUCAGACUCCUGCCGAAGCCGAGUUUAUCUGACUGUAUUUUUGAUACACUCGACAUUAACAAAGAACACUAUGAGGACAACUACUUUGAUAAGUUGGAAGAGGCUGAUAGGCCUCCAGGCCUCAAAGUGGGAACUCCAGAAGAAAUAGCUGCAAGGAUUCAAGAGAAGCACGGAAAAUGUGGAACCUACGGUCCCCGUGGCAACAACUGUGAACACCUUGCUACCUAUGUGCGCUAUGGAGUGAAGAUUUCACUGCAGCUCGGCACGGACGCUGAAUCAUACUGCAAAAAUGAUGACUCCCUCAAUACUGACAAAAUAAAGAAGAUUAUAAGAGAAUUAAAUGAUUUUGAUGAACAAUAUGAAUGCCCCUCAAACAGCGCCUCAAACAGGGGUCCUGGGUAAAAAGUGUCCUUACAGUCAGCUGACUCAUUCUCUUCUGAUAUUUCCUUGCAUGAUAUGAGGUCUUACUUAAAAUUAAAAAAAAGUGGAAGAGCUGUCA